AUGUUUGGUGUCAGUCCAGCUGUUAGUAACAUUGUUAUCAUGUUAGUCAUGAUGCAAGUUUCAAGAAGAUUAGAUUUAGAAAACCCAGAUAUCUUAUUCUAUGUUAGAGUCAUUUACGGUUCAUUACAAGCUUUAACUUUCUUUGUAUUCUUCUUAACUAGAUUAAAGAUCAAUUCAAAGAAUGAUUUAACUACUUUAAAAUAUGUUGAACCAGCUAACCCAAUGAGUGGUGAAACUGCCCCAAGAGCUGUUGUUACCACCGUUAAAGAAUAUGAUUUAAAACAAAUUGAUACUCAAAUCAGAGGUAUUUUCCAAUCUUUAGCUAUGAUGGGUUUCAUGCAUUUAUAUUUAAAAUAUACCAAUCCUUUGGUUAUGCAAUCCAUUUCUGGUAUUAAAGGUGCUUUAGAAUCAAACAUCGUUCAAAUUCAUUUAUUUGGUGCUCCAGCUACUGGUGAUUUAAAGAGACCUUUCAAAGCUGCUCCAGGUUUAUUACAAGCUUUAACCGGUGCUGGUGAAAUCCAAACCGAUAAAGCUUCUGUUGAAAAAGCUGAAGUAAGUGGUGCCGGUGGUAUCAAAGAAGAUUAG